UCCGUUUCAGUGCCACUCCCACUUCUCCAUACUCUCAUCUGUUCUCUGUUCUGGUAGAAAUCAGAAAACAGGCUAAAAAAUCCAGAAAAAUGACUUUCUGGCGCCAGGCAGGUUUGAACUACGUCAAGUACUCGAGCAUUGCUGCUCGCGUCCUCAGACAAUCCCUGAAACCUCAAUUCAGGGCAGAAGCUGCAAAGCGCGAGGAGUCUAGCAUCAAAUUCCAGCCUUGGAAAGACGGAAAAGCAGUCACUGCUGAGAAGUGAAUUAUGAAUUCAAAUAUUUCACUUUGAAACCUCAAGCCUAAUCAAGAUGUCACUGGCUGAGCGUGUGGAGAUGCUUUCGUGUAGAUGCCGAGUUUCGUGUAAAUUUCAUUAUAAUUAAAAGAAUCACUGUUGUAAGUUA